AUGGGUCAAACUGAUGGUGUGAAUAUUGCUAUCAAUUCAUUAACAAGUGCCUUAAAUGGUAUUCAAAAUCAAGAAGAUGGUGCUCAAGAUAAGGCACUAGCUGAACUAUCAUUUGUGGUGAAAAAAUCGUUAGAAGACGAAUCAUUCAGAGAAGAGUUGGCAAAGGACGAGACUGUUUGGGAAUACAUAAUCAAAGUCAUCAGUAAUUCAUUACAUGCUUCAGCUAUACAAGAGAAAAGUAUAAGGAUAAAGCGUGGUGUUAUACUGCUAGCUAGAAAUCUACUAGUUGCUGAUAGAACUAUACCUUCAAAAGAUGAUAAACUAAUAACUAGUAUCUUCACAUUUUUACAAUCAGUUUUACCACUAAAUAUUGACCAUAUAUUGGAAAAGGGAUGUAUUACUGCUUCAUUACAAUGUGUUUUCAACUCCACAGUUGAUAAAACAACAUAUCAUCCAAAUGAAUUACUUUCUAUAAACAAUUUUUUGGGUGAUUUUAAAAAGAAAAUUGAUCAUGAUGAUUUGACAUUAUAUUUCAGAUGUCUCAACAAUUUCUUCAAUAUUUCAGAAGCAUUAACAUGUGGAUUCAAAUCAUCAGAAAAGACAGAUAUUAUUUUUUAUAACAUAUUGGAAAAUUUUGAACAAUUAAAUUUCCAAAAUGAUUUAUCCACUCAUGAAUUAUUAAUCAUUUCAAUUUUCCAAAAAAUGAUUGUUCAUGAAUCAUUCUUACCAUAUAUUUCAAAUCUUUCUUCCAAAUCAGAUUUUGUUAGAUUUUUAAAAGCUUCUACUGUGAUCAUAACGAGUAAAGAAUCUUGGGAAGUUUUCGAAUUAACAGUUAUUUUAUCAUGGAUAUAUGAAUUAUUUCAAAAAACUUUAGAACAAAUCAAAAUACAUUUCCAAAAUGGUAUAGAAGAUUUAGAAACUGUUUAUUUUACCAUACAUGCUGUACUGGAUGUAUUUGCAACAUUAGUUAAGUUUGAACAUGCUAAAAAAUUCUUGUUAUCUUAUAAAGGUGUUGAAAAUUUAGUUGAAUUACUGGGGACAAUUCAUCAAAAUGUUAAACCAAAGAAAUUAAAAGAUUCAGAAAAGCAAAAACAAACAAAUACAAAUAAUGAAAAUAUUAAAACUCAAGAUUAUUAUAAAAAUUUCCCAGAGACAAAAUCAUUAAUCAUAGAAACUUUAUCAUCAAUCAUAUAUAAAGAUUUCUCAGUACAAGAAUUAAUGAGAGAAACACAUGGUUUAAAACUUGUUUUAUCAAAUUGUAUAAUUGAUGAUAAUGAACCAUUUAUUAAAGAAAGAAGUAUAGUUUGUUUAAGAUUUUUAUUAUUAAAUAAUGAAAAAAAUCAAGAAUUUGUUGCUAAAUUAGAAGCUAAAGAAGCUGUCCAGGAUGAUACUUUAGAUAAUGCAGGUUUUGAAGUGGAAAUUGUUGAUGGGAAAGUUAAAUUAAAACAAAAAAUUGAUGUUGAAAGUACUAGAGUUCAAACAAAAGAUGAAAAUUCAAAGAUUAAUGAAGUUACAGAAUGA